AUGUCAGACAACAGUGACAGCCAGAACAUGUCAGAGGAGCAACAAAAUCUCAGUGAGGGCACUAGUCCCUCAAACAGCAGCUAUGAUGAGGGUAGCAGAAGCACCCCAAGCAAUCUGCCUAAGGCUGCAACUAGGCAGAGGAAGAAGAGAACCUCAGAAUCAGAAGAUGAGGACUUUGUGGUUGAUGAGGAGGUCACCUCAAAGAAGAAAGUGACCAAGAAAGAGCAAGCUGCUGCUAUUGCCAUCAAGCCUGGAAUGCACAAGAAGGCUCCUGCCAGAAGAUCUGAUGAUGAUGAGGCAGCUGGAGAUGGAAAGAAAAGGAAGAAAGCUAGAACCACCACUGCCAAAGUGCUUGGAUACCCUUCUAUGAGGAAAAGUGAUGAUGAAGAAGAGGAGGGAGAAGUUGCUGCACCUCCACCAAAGUCUCAGAAACUUAUGGGGGAUGCUAUCAAGUCUGGGGCUGCACCAUCUAAGCCCAAGACAGCUCCUAAGCCAUCUGCUCAAGCUCAAGUCCCAAAGCCAUCUGCACCCAAGAGAUCCACAAGAAACAUUUCAGCUGUAGAGAAGAACAAGGCCCCAGUGCCUGAAGUUCAAGAGGAGAGGAGCACCAAGUGCUCAGAAAUCUUAAACCAAAGAUUCCAGAUCAUGCUGACAAUCAUCCAGUUGUUGAAAACAUGA